CCUGGCCAGCGGAACCGUCAUCUGGUAUCUGGUUCUCUGGAUCAUCGGGAGUCGUCAUCAGUGGUACAUACGUGUACUGUGUACAUGUACAUUUCAAUUCGCCGGAUGCAUUUGGAGAGCCGUAAUCGAUCAGAUAAAUGCUACGCCUUCAAUGGCUCACGUCAAUAGAGAGUCGUAAACGUAAAUUGGCAAGCUAAGGAACGUGUAUGCAAUACCACGAACGUGCCGCACAGUGUAUGCUGGGCGCGUGAACGUGUCGGUCAACGGCACGCGCACGACGGAUUCUUCCCUGAUAUGCCUGCAGUGCAUCACUUGCGAGAUCAUCGACGUUAUAUCUCAUCCUAGCAUUCCUAGCUCUCAUUAACAAUUCGAAUCCCUGUCGGCAGUGAAUAUGGCGGCAAUGGACGGCGACACGAAGCUCGACAUGUACGACGAUGUCACGUACGCUGUCGAUCCUCAGCAUGUCGAGGGUGAGAUGACAAUAGGUGCGAAGCAAAGGUCAACUUUGGGAGAGCCAGAAUUUAAUACGUUAGAUGAGCCCAUCAAGGAUACAAUUUUGAGGGACGUUCGAGCUGUAGGCAAGAAGUUUUUCCAUGUCUUAUAUCCUAAAGAAAAGAAAAGUCUACUGAAAGAAUGGGAUCUAUGGGGACCAUUAAUAUUGUGUACUUUUAUGGCAAUGAUAUUACAAGGUUCCACUGAUGUAGCAGAUAACUCAAAUGACGGAGGACCUGAAUUUGCAGAAGUGUUUGUUAUCGUGUGGAUUGGAUCUAUGGUUGUAACAUUGAAUUCAAAACUGUUGGGUGGAAAUAUAUCUUUCUUCCAAAGCGUUUGCGUCCUAGGAUAUUGCUUACUACCGACUGCCAUCGCACUAAUAUUAUGUAGAAUUAUUCUGAUAAUGCAGCAAAGUACUCUCCUAUUUACUCUUAGAUUUGUGAUCAGCAUGAUUGGAUUUUUGUGGGCAACAUAUGCAUCUAUGGCAUUUCUUGGCGACAGUCAACCCGCGGGGAGGAAAGCAUUAGCAGUAUAUCCAAUUUUCCUGUUUUACUUUGUCAUAUCGUGGCUAAUUUUAUCCCAUACCACAUAAACUGCAACGCAACAAUUAAUCUGUUACAAGACUGUGCAUUGUUCUGGCCUUCCACAUAAAUGCUAAAAGACAGAAGAAAACAGACGGAAGGAAUGGCAAUGCUUUUGAUUGCGAUGUUUAUGUGAUAUUUUUGAAGUCCUGUAUCUGGACAUAUUCCAAUAUCGUGCUUUUGUGAAUGAUACACAUAUAGUAGGUAGAUAAGUAUUUAUUAUCUUCUUAGAACAUUCAAUACGUCAAUUAUGAGACUUGUAAUUAUAUUUAAUCUCACUAAAUGCACGCGCUACAAUUGAGACAAAUUUAUUGCCGGUACAAAAAUAUGUAUUCUUUCUUCACGAAUGGAAAAAUUGUCAGAUUAGUAUAUAUUUAUAUGGACUUGAUAAGAAAAACACGAAAUAAUCGAUCAAAUACACUGUUGUUAAUUCUA